AUGGUAAGAAAUUCUUAUGAACUUUUAGGCAGCCGAGCUCCACAGCCAUGCAAUCUUGGAGAUGCACAUGGAGUUGCAAUGGCAUUUCUUGAGCCUGGCACGACAGUAACCCCUUUACCUUUCCGCCAUCCUGAACUUCUUGAUAACGAAGUAAGAGUAAACGUUACCCACGCAGGAUGCUGCCACACUGAUGUCUUUUACGCAACCCAAGCAUGGUCAAAAAAUGGUUCCUUUCCCCUUGUUCCAGGCCACGAGUUCAUUGGCAUUGUAGAAAAAGUUGGAGAAAAAGUUACACAUUUACAGCCUGGUGAUAAAAUAGGAUUUGGCACAAGAAGAGAUUGCUGCGAAACUUGCGAAGAAUGCAAAACAGGCCUUGAAAACCAUUGCCUAAAACGGAAGCAUACCUAUGAUCCAGAAUUUGGUGGAUAUGCCACAUCUUUUCAAGCUAAAAGUAAAUUCUGCCAUAAGCUUGAUGAUGAUUUUCCAGGAGAGGCUGCUCCUUUGUUUUGUGCAGGAAUUACGGUAUUCCCUCCUCUUAUUAAUGACGUUAGACCAGGAAUGAAGGUUGGAGUCGUUGGGAUAGGAGGCCUAGGUCAUUUAGCUUUAAAAUUCGCAAAAGCGAUGGGAGCUGAAGUUACUGCUAUUUCAAGCAGCCAAAGCAAAGAAGCAGAUGCGAGAAAUCUAGGAGCUCAUCAUUUUCUUAACUUAAGAGAUGAAAAUCAAGUAAAAAGUGCUUCAAGAAGCUUGAAUUAUAUAAUCAAUACUGCAACUAGCUUUAGCAUUGAACAAUGCUGCGGAUUAUUAAAACCAAAAGGAAUCCUUAACUUGUGUGGAGCACCAGAGGCAGGCACAGAUUUGCAUUUUAAUUUAUUUCAGCUUUUAACAAAUGAUUUGAGAGUGCAGUCAAAUCUUACAGGGUCUGAAAGAGAAGUAGAUAGGAUGCUGAAUUUUGUUAGACUCCAUAGCAUAUACCCAGUAGUUGAGGUUUACAACUUUGCUGAUACACAGAGCGCAAUUAAUUCUUUAGCUCAUGGAAAUCCUCAUUAUCCAAACUACAGAGCUGUUCUAGAAAUGGGAAGCUUUAUGAAGACUUUCUCGCCUGCUAAUUAA